UCCUGAAGCAUUGGAGUGGGUACUAUCGAAAUUUCGUUUUAAUUCCAAUUUUGUUGGGGUACCGAGUAUACUUGUAUUUUCCGUGAAAUAUAUUGUCAUCAGCUUAUCUUCUGUCGCCGAGGACUUAACCUUAAUUGCAGAUGAUCAAUGUUGGAAGGAUGGUAUUGUCGUUCAAUUGCAAACAACAAUGCAGAUGCAGAAGACGAUGACGAGGACAGUCCAGAGGAAGAAGUGCCUAAUUACAAGGAUCAGUAUCGAAAUCUUAAGAGGAAGUUAAAAUUUCUAAUUUAUGAAAAUGAGUGUUUCCAAGAAGCUUUACGGUCUACACAAAGGAAAUUGCUUAAAGUUAAUAGGGACAAAAGUUUUUUACUGGAUCGAUUAUUGCAAUAUGAAAAGGUAGAUGCAUCGUUUAGCGAAAGUGAUGAAACAGAAUCAUCGGAUGAAGAAGUCCCUCGUCUUGAUACUUCUAAAAGGAAAAAAAUAGAGAUGGGCAUUAGUAAUCAUACCUCGCAUCAUAUACCGACAGUGACAAAACCUUUUAACACCAGUAAAAAGAAAAAACCUACUCCAAAAGUGGCAAAAUCAAACAAUACACCCAUGGUACAAUCAUCCAAUAACAUAGUACCAAUGUCUUUAAUGUCUGAUGGUCAUAUGACGCCAGAAGAAGUAGAAAGACAUUUAGAGUCUCGUCAAACUUACUUGGAACUUGUACCCGAAAAAGCACCGCCUACAGUUCCGACGGAAAUGUUUAGCAAUGAUCCCUCAUUGGAUAGUGAGUCAAACGAAAUCUGUGAAUUAGAGACGUCUCCGAGCAAUAUGGGCGAAGAUUGCCUCAGCGUAGAUAUGAUGGCUGAGUGACAAACAUUAGUUCAUAGUUUAGUGAUUAAUUACAAAUUGCACAUAAUUACAUAUUGCGUUAAUAUUACCAUAUUCGGCUAACUUAAUUGUAUUCGUCGUAAUAUAAUACAAAUUUUUAUACAUGUAGCAGAUCGCUUAUAAAAUAUCUUUAUGGUUUUUUUCACUCCUUUAAUAAUUUUAUCCUUAUACGGAAUACGUACAUGACGACACAAUAUUGCCAAAAUAUCUGAUUUUAUUGGCGAUAUAAGACAAAUGCAGUAAAAAUUAUAUUAGAUUCAGGAAAUAGAAUUCCGACAAACUACAAAUCUAUUAUAUCACA